AUGCCCCAUCAUGAUGUGGAUUUGGAAGCUGGUUCUUUAUCCGAAUGGAUACCAGAUCCAAGAAGGAAAAGCAUUUCCCUCUCUCUAAUGUCAGCUCAUGAAGACACUAAUUUUAGAAUAUAUGCAGAAUACAAAUUGUGCAUAAAGAGCCAGAUGAAUGGCAAAGAUUUGGAACGUACAGCUAAUCAUUUGUUCUCUUAUUGCGAUUUUGAUCGGGGUUGGCCAGCCUUUCACUCUUUGGAUGACAUUAAAGAUUCUUCUAAAGGCUACCUAGUGAAAGAUACUCUAAUUGUUGAAGCUGAAGUCACUCUGGUCAGAAAGGCGCCUCCAGCUCACUAUAUAUUAAAGAUUGACUCAUACUCGUUUCUUCUUGCAAUUUUGAAGAUUAAAGGAGCAAGUUUUUACAGUACAGAUAUUUUUGAAGCUAGUGGUUACAAAUGGAGGUUAUAUUUCUACCCUGAUGGUGACAAAGAAAGAUAUGGAGAAGGAUGCAUAUCUCUUUAUGUGAGCAUUGAGGAUACUAGUGCUUUGCAACUUGGCUGGGAGAUUGAUGCCAAUGUCACAUUUUUUGUAUAUGAUCAGAUUCGAGACGAGUACUUAAUGUUCCAAGACACAAAACGGUUGCAUGAAAUUAACAAAGAAUGCGGCAUUGCCCAAUUGCUGGAUCUCAGCUAUUUCAAGAAUCCCACAAAUGGCUUCCUUUUUCAUGACAAAUGUGUGGUCGGAGUGGAAAUUUUUGCAAAUAUAUAUACUGGUGUGGGAGAGUGCUUGCCGGUGCCUGAGAAAUUCUACUACAACCCCUACACUUGGAAGAUCAAUGACUAUUCUAAGUGUGCAAAUGUUCUCUAUUCUGAAGUUUUUGUCCGAGGAAACCACCACUGGAAGCUAAGACUUUGUCCCAAAGGAGACUUUGGGCAGGAAGGUAAAAGCCUAUCCCUCUAUCUGGAACUGGUUGAAUCAGAACCUGCUACAAGAAUUUACGCAGAUUACAAGUUUCAGCUAAAAAACCAGGAAAGCGGAGAAGAUUUUGAGCUCACAGGUCUUGACGUAUUUUCUUCUUCAACCCCUAGUUGGGGUUUUUCUGAAUUUCUUUCCAUAAAUGAUGUUGAAGACUCUUCCAAAGGAUUCCUCGUUGAAGAUGCUUUGAUUAUUCAAGUCGAAAUCAUCCAUAUCUCAGCUGUUAAAAAGUUCUCCUAA